AUGGUGAUUUUGCGUGAGUAUCCUUUGUCUAUGGUUGAUCACAUUGAAUUUCGAGAGUUCUUACACGACCUACAACAACUGUUUAAGGUUUCUUUUCGCAACACUUUAAAGAGCGACAUUUUGAAAAUCUAUGAAUACGAGAGAGCCAAAAAUAUGAUUGCACUUGAGAAGAUUGAGAGUCAAAUUUCGAUCACUACCGACAUGUGGACCUCUUCUAAUGAAAAGAGAGGAUUCAUGGUUAUCAUUGCUCAUUUCAUAGAUGAUGCAUGGAAAUUACAAAGUCGAAUAAUGAGGUUUAUAUAUGUGUCGUGUCCACACAUUGCUGAUGUGCUUUCAGAAACUCUAUUGAGUACCUUGAUGGACUGGAAUAUUGAUCGUAAGUUACUAACUUUGACCGUAGAUAAUUGCACCACAAAUGAUACAAUGAUCAGUAUUGUGUUAAGUCAACUUUGUACUCGUUCUCUUGCACCGAAUGGAGAAUUUUUUCAUAUGAAGUGUUAUGCACAUAUAUUAAAUCUUAUUGUGAAGGAUGUGUUGGACAUUAUUAGUGGUAGUGUUAAGAAAAUUUGUGAUAGUGUUGCUUAUUGGACAGCCACGCCAAAGAGAUCUGAAAAUUUUGAGCUCUUUGCACGUCAAUUGAAAAUUGAUUGUGAGAAAAAAUUGGUGCUUGAUUGUAAAACAAGCUGGAAUUCGACGUAUUUGAUGCUUAGAGCUUUGAUUUAUAAUGAUGUUUUUUCACUUUUGAAACAGAGGGAGUCGUGA